CAGCACUCACCUCCGCCUACUUUUUGGACAAUGCCCCCUGAUCUCGAACAACUCGUCCUUUCCGGCCAGCUCUUCAACCCCUCCUCCCCAACCCACUCACCACCCCGUACACCCUCGCCCGACCACGGCUGGCACGACGACGAGCUCGACAGCGCCGACGAACCACCAUCUGGCUCGCCAUCCUCCUUUCCUCCCAAUGCCGCCAACCCCGAUGCGGACCCAGGCGUCGGAGUCGGUGUCACCGGCCGCACGGGCGUCAAGGGCGUAAUCCGCGAUCGCGCCGAGUACCAGGACCGGGAGCGCGAGCGGAUACAAGCAGAGGCGGCGGCAAGGAAGGUGCCUCAGGUCGGUGGGAAGACGUAUCUCGAGGAAGAGCGCGAGAAGGCAGCAGCAGGCGAUGAGCGCGCGGAUCCGCUGGCGCUGGGCGGCACGACGCCUGCCAAUGCGGCGCGGUUAGACAAGUGGGGCACGCCGCGAGGGCGGUUUGGGCACCUGCGCGAGGUCGGCAUGCGCGGAUUCGUGGACGCGGUGGAGAAAGAGGCGGGUGUCUGGGUCGCGGUGCAUCUGUAUGAUUCGUCCCUAGACCGCUGCUACGCCCUCGAUGACUCCCUCUCCAAGCUCGCGCGCGCAUACCCCGAUACCAAGUUCCUCCGCGCCAAAGCUGCCGCCCUCGGGUUUGCCUCCACCUCCACCCCCGCACCCAAACGCAGCACAACGACCGUCAUCCGCAAGACCAUACGUGAGGAAGACGAGGAUGACUUUGACGACGACGACGAGAAGCCAUCGGGCGGCGGCUUCCUCGGUCGACAAGAUGAGGAAGACGAGGACGAGUUCUCCGACGAGUACGAUGAGGACUCGGUGGAUACAGAUGUGCUCCCGACGCUACUUGUCUACCGGAACGGCGAGCUUGUGCACAACUGGGUCAGGGUCGAUCUGGAUGCGAGGCAGGAGCGUGGGGGCAUCGAGGACUUGCUGUCAAGACACGAGAUCAUCGGCAUUCGUGGCGGUGGCGGCGCACCGCGCACGAACAUCCAGCGCGACAGCACGGCGGCGCUCGACUAUCGUGUUGAUGAAGAGGAUCUAGUACUGAGCGAGGAAGAGAAGUAGGGUGAUGGAUACGAGAGGGCGAUCUAACGUGCAUAUAUGACGAUACGAACCGAAGAGAUAUACAUUGUACUUACCUUAGCACCAACCGGGAUGGAGUGACAUAGACAUA